AUGUACCCCCUUUCUACCCAAAACACCCUCCUGCCGCUGGCGGCCUUCCUUCUCCCUUCCCUGGUCUCCGCCCACGGUGUCAUCCUCGCCGCCCAAGGCGAGGCCGAUUCCCCCCCUUCCGUCGGCUUCAUGGUCAACGACGCCAUCGCCCGCAACUGCACCUCCAUCAACCCCUGCCAGAUGGACACAACCAUCAUCCGCGACGCCGAAAUCGCCGCCGGCACCGUCAACUCCUGCGGCCGCACCAAGCUCAACGGCAACAUCGACGUCGGCACCGUGACCGAAAACGCACUCGCCGAAGGCGCCGUCACGGCCGUGAGACAAGGAUCCAGCGUCGACGUGACGAUCCACCAGGUCAACGCCGACGGCGCAGGACCUUACACCUGCGACUUGGACGAAGGGUCCAACUCGGGAAUCAUGUCCCACGAGCUGGUCGUGAGCAACAAUAUCCCUGGACAGAAUGGACUUAGUCAGGCUGCUGAGCAGGAGUUCACCAUCACGGUGACCAUGCCGGAUGAUAUGAAGUGCAUCGGUGGUUCGACGGGGAACGUGUGUACGGUUAGGUGCAGGAAUGCUGCUCAGGCGGGGCCUUUUGGAGGUUUGAUUUCCCCCCCUUUUCCCACCCACUUCUGUCCAGCUCUCAUAGGUACUGACACUGUCAUGAAGGAUGCUUCGCGGUCCAACAAAUCGACGUUGAGCCCGCUAUCAACACCGCCAAGGACAUCACCACAGCCGACACGCUCGAAGCAGCCCAGUUUCAGACCUCGGCUAACCAAGCCGCCUUUGCCGCCGCUGUUGAUGCCAACGCCAAGGCUGGCUCUUCGGAGCAGGAACAAAACCUCGCUGCUGUCGAGGCUAUCCUUGCGCUGA